AACAUUUCGUCUCCUACAAGUCCCCCCCGUUUCUCUGUCAAACUCUCCUCUCAGCAUAAGCAAACUUCGUUCUUUCCGAAACCGCUUCUUCUAUCUCUCAUCUCUCCAAUUUAAAUCGCGGUUGAUGUUUGCAUUCAGCAGAGCCUAUGCAUCAAAGAUUGGGAUUGGAUUCAUAAAAGGUUUAUCUCGUGAAAUGUUGAUUCAGUCUCCGUUGUCACUCUAGGUUUCCGAUUAUGGCUAUCAGAGGCGUCGAUUUCAAAUGGUACGAUGGGUUCUUCUUGUCUAUGCUCGCAACAAGUGUCAUAAUCAUUGCAAUCAAUUGGAAGCGCUACCAUCUCUGUACUUAUCCGUUGCACAUAUGGAUUGUGGUUGAUUACACUACUGUGUUUGUUUUUCGCCUGUUGAUGUUUAUUGAUAAUGGACUAGCCGCCGGGAUGGGUUUGGAUUUUGGAUGGCAGCAGAGGUAUGCUCGAUUUUGUGGAAGAGUAGUGGUCCUUUCAAUCCUUUCUUUGCUUCUGUAUCCAUUUCUCUGGGCUUGGACCAUAAUUGGUACCAUAUGGUUCUCUCGUGCGAGAAACUGUUUGCCCGAAGAAGGACAAAAGUGGGGUUUCUUCAUAUGGUUGCUAUUCAGCUUCUGUGGACUCCUUUGCAUAGCUUUCAUGUCAAUAGGAAAGUGGUUGACGAGAAGACAAGCACACCACCUAUUACAUGCUCAACAGGGGAUUCCUGUUUCAGAAUAUGGAGUGCUGGUUGAUAUGAUCCGGGUACCCGAUUGGACGUUUGAAGCUGCAGGUCAAGAGAUGAGAGGCAUUGGUCAAGAUGCUGCUAUUUACCAUCCAGGACUUUAUUUGACUCCCACUCAGAGAGAAGCAGUUGAGGCACUCAUCCAGGAACUCCCAAAGUUCCGAUUGAAGGCUGUGCCAACUGAUUGCAGUGAAUGUCCUAUUUGCUUAGAAGAGUUCCAUGUAGGGAAUGAGGUCCGUGGCCUACCUUGUGCACACAAUUUCCACGUAGAAUGCAUUGAUCAGUGGCUUCGACUGAAUGUUAAAUGUCCCCGAUGUCGUUGCUCGGUGUUUCCCAAUCUUGACCUUAGUGCCUUAUCUGGUAUUCGUGCUGAUUCUGAACGGCCAUCUGCCACUGCUGUGACAACCAACCGAUAUGUGAGAACACAACCUUCCAGUCAAAGCUAUCUGUUGAGAUUGCAGGGCCUGCUCCGCCCAGUGCAUGCGGAGACUGCCGGGGCACCUGGUGGUGCAGGCACUGCUUUGGAGUCUGCUGAGAAUGGAGAAAUGGAUCCAGCUGCUAGGAAUAUGAGAGUUGUGGAGCAAGAUUCACGAUCCGAGCACGCUCUUGUUGGUCGCUUAACCUCGCCACAAAACCAGUCUGUAUCAUGAGUUCUCACUCAUAUUUUUGUGGCUGGUGCUUAAUGCUCUCGCACUGGUUUCUCUUCCUGUAAUGAAAACGUUCUCCAUUUCACUGGGCAUCAUUCUCACUAUGCAGAAGUCUAUAAUAGUACUCCCAGAACUUAUAAGCUGUCUGCACCAAAAGUGUUUUAAAAAAUCUUUAUUAUUUUGAUUAGU